AUGCAGGUUUCAUUCUUACCGCAGCAGCAGCGCGCUUCUCCUUCUCGUACAAAGCCAACAUUCACCAUGAACAAAGUGGAAUGCCCCAUUUGCAGUCAGUUUGUUCCCUCCUCUAGCAUCAAUGCGCAUAUCGAUUCAGGUUGCUCAACAGCAGCUGUCAACAGCACGUCUACCGAAGGCCCAACCAAGCAAAGCCAACUUAGCUUCUCAAGUCCUGAUACCAACAAGCCUGUCAAGAUGGCCCCCUUAUUCAGCAACAAGCGAUCAAAUGAGUCUGCCACCAAAUCCUCGUCAGCAACGAGCAUACCCAAGCCAAGCAAGCCAACGCAACCAUCAUCAUCAACAACAUCAUCAUCAAAAUCUACCAGCACAUCACCACAAAUGAAGCGUAUGGCAUCCGAAUCAAGUAGCAGCACCACACCCGAGAAUACCAAGAAACAACGAAGGGAUCCAAGCAGGGAGGCUAUGCCAUUGGCUGCCAAAGUACGUCCUGCGUCAUUGAGCGAGUUUGUUGGCCAAGAAGAAUUACUGGGAGAGAAUGGUGUUUUGCGUACUCUGAUGCAAUGUGAUCGGAUACCUUCCAUGGUUCUUUGGGGACCACCUGGUUGUGGCAAAACUACGGUUGCACGUAUCAUUUCAAAGAUGACCAAGUCCCGUUUUGUCGAGUUGAGCGCCACAAGUCAUGGUGCAGCGGAUGUCAAGAAAGCAUUUGAAGGAGCAAAGGGGCAUUUGUCACUCACUGGACAAAAGACUAUCGUUUUCAUUGAUGAGAUCCACCGAUUUACAAAGGCACAACAAGAUUUGUUCUUACCCUAUGUUGAACAAGGGACUAUCCAUUUGAUUGGUGCUACCACUGAAAACCCAAGCUUCAAAGUCAAUUCAGCUCUUCUUUCUCGGUGUCGAGUCUUUGUGUUACAACGAUUGAGUGAGGAGGAUUUACAAGAGAUCUUAUCAAGAGCAUUGCAACAAUGGCGUCAAGAUGAACCACUCCCUCUCACAGAGGAGCAAAAAAAGGAAGAGAAAGAAGCCUUGUCCGUAUUAGCAGUGUAUAGUGAUGGAGAUGCACGCAAUGCAAUCAAUACUCUGGAAGUUGCUUUGAGUGUCUUGCCUUCAAAGGCAUCACCCUUAAGUCCUGAUAUCAUCAAAGGUGCCUUUCAAAAAUCACAUUUGCUUUAUGAUCGUAACGGAGAACAACAUUACAACAUUAUCAGUGCAUUACAUAAGAGUGUCCGAGGAAGUGAUGCGAAUGCUGCGCUUUAUUGGCUGGGACGAAUGCUGGAAGCAGGAGAAGAUCCAUUGUAUGUGGCAAGAAGAAUGGUGCGAAUGGCAAGCGAAGAUAUUGGGAUGGCGGAUAGUGCUGCAUUGCCCUUGGCCAUGUCAGCGUACCAUGCGUGUGAGAAGAUUGGAAUGCCUGAAUGCGACACUAUUUUAGCCCAUGUUGCUACCUACCUUGCUGAAACCAAAAAGAGUGUACGAACCUAUAAGGCAUAUAAUAAGGUCAAGGAGGUCAUUCGACAGCAACCCAAUUACCCCGUGCCAAUGCAUAUCCGCAAUGCUCCAACAAAAUUGAUGAAGAACCUUGGCUAUGGCGAUGGAUACAAGUACAAUCCUGAUUACGAUGAACCUGUCGACCAAACCUAUCUCCCUGACGAGCUUAAAGACACCAAGUUUUUGGAUGAGUGA